AUGCCACGAUCGUCAAGAUCGUCGCGAGUGUCGCGAGGGCCGUCGUUAGUAACCCUCGCGGUGGCGCUGGUGAUAUUAGCGGGGGGCGCGAUUCGCGGCGGCGAGUGCAUGUUGCGAACCAUGCGGCUCGUCACUCUGCCGAAUAACGCGCUGGGCGCCAGAUGUCUUGACGGCAGUGACCCCUCGUAUUACUUCCGCCCAGGCGCCUCCUCCACUCCGCCCGUCAAACGAACCUCCCCGCGCGCGGCCGCUUCUCCAGUAGCAGGCGGCCACGUGGCAGGCAGCGGCCAGUCCGCCAAUCAGCGGUGGUUCUCCAGCAGAAGCAGCGGAAUCGUCGCGGAAAAGCCGAACCAAUGGGACUCGUCGCCGCCGGCGGCCGGCACGGCGAGUCGCGACACGUGGCAGCCAGCGCAAACGCCCGGGGGAGACCCGGAGAUUAAGAUUCACAUCCAUCUGCCGGCGGGCGGGUGGUGCUUCAACAAGCAGGAGUGCCUUAAUCGCUCCUUGACCUUCCUGGGUUCCAGUGACGGUUGGCCCACCAUUAUCCCCGAUUCCGUGCCCAUGGGCGGAAUUCUAAACGACAAUCCGGACGUGAAUCCGCUCUUCGCGGACUGGCCGCUCGCGCGCAUCAACUACUGCGACGGGGGGGGCUUCGCGGGGCAGCGCGGGCAGAUCAACGUCACCGUCCCGAGCGCGCCUGUUGGGGGGGCGCAAGGGGGGGGAAGGGCGGGGCGGCAGGGGCGGGUGCUGGCCGGGAUGAAGCCCGGGCCGGGGGGGUCGACGGGGGGCGGAGCGGGCGGGGGAGCGGUGGGGGGCGGGGGAAGCGGGGGAACGGGGGGAGCGGUUGGGGGAAAGCCGGGGGGAUCGGUGGGGGGGAGGCAGAAGGUGGUGCCUCUUUACAUGGACGGGUGGAACAUCGUUCGGUCCAUUAUCGAUGACUUGAAGACGAAGCGGGGCUUUGCGCUGCCCACAGAGGUGCUGUUCUCUGGCAGCUCAGCGGGAGGCCAGGCGGUGAUAUACCUCUGCGACCGCGUGGCUGCUGCCUUCCCCUCCGCCUCCACCCGCUGCGUUGCAGACUCGGGCUAUUUUGUCAACUCCAUAGAUCGCAACGGCACGCGCCUGUGGGAGCGAUUGGCAAAGAGCAUCUCGACCACCCAGCAGCUCAGCAAUCCCGCCUGCCGCAAACGGCUCCCUCCCUCGCGCCACUGGGCGUGUUUCUUUCCCGAGCAAGCCCUAAUGGCAAUAAAGACUCCCAUUUUCGUCAUCCAAUCGAUCUUCGACGUCGUUGCGGCGGCCAUUGGAGGGCAAACACGCACCACCCCCGACCACAAUUUCUACAACUACACUGCUACUGUACAGUGCGUAAACGAGCUUUUGGAUAUUCCAAUGCCGACCGGAGGGAAUGCGCGGACCGGGGGGAUGCGGGCGGCGGACCGGGAGUUCCGCGUGCUGCCGCUGACGGUGAAAGCGAUGGCGGUUGCGAGCGCGUACCGCGUGGGGGAGAGAAGCUUCGUGGUGAUGGGCGAGUACCUCACGCCCGUCUUGGGGCAUCAUCUGAAGCGCGCGCUCGUCGACGAGUGCACGUGGGAGGGGGAUGCCGGCGACCGCGCGGUGACUGCGGCGGAGUUUCUCUGGCUGCGGAAGGAGGACUAUCACGGCACGCCCUGGGCGCCGGUGAUGAUUCGCUGCACGUUCGCGCGGCCCGUGGGGAGUGACAAUAACGGGGGGUCGCUGCUGCUCCGGCGACGCGGCACGGAGGAACCGAGGGCGAUUGUAAAGAAGUUCCCGUUGGUGAUACAGGAGAUGGAAAUGGAGGUGCUUCGCGAGGAGCCAGGCGCGUUUGAGCUUAUAAAUAGACCGCCAAUAUAUGAGUUGGCGCACUGUAGCGGCCCCCUUUACGGUCACCUGCGCCCCCGUGCCGUCUCCGAUUGGCUACACUACCACUCGCACGCCGUGGGAGUUCAGCACUUCUUCCUCCACGAUUUCGGGGCUAUUAGCGGUGAUUACUCCACCGCAUCAGAAGAUAACGCAGCACCAUCAGCAGCAACAGCAGGGGCAGCAGCAGGGGUAGAGGCAGGAGCGAGUGCGGCGAGCGGGGCAAUUGGAGCCAGCGGAGUGAGCAGAACGAGCGGAGUGAGAGCAGCAGACACGAGAGAAGAGGAGCCGUCUUUGGCAGAGGCCGUAGCACCCUUUGAGGCGAGAGGGCUGGUGACGGUGACGCGGCUGCUGGGGCACGAGCGGUUCCGGUCGCAUUACUACCACCAGAUCCUCACCCAGAACGACUGCCUCUACCGUGCUCGCUACACCGCCAGGUGGCUAAUCUUCACGGACAUGGACGAGUACAUCUUCACUCCGCCCCCCGCGUCGCUCUCCUCUGCGCUGGCGGGUCUGGCGCGCUCCAGCCGCGCGUGGGCGUCCAUGGGCGCGUACUGGGGCUUCAUCACGCGCUGCCGGGUUAAGGGAGAAGGAGCUUCUGGUGGGUUAUUUACCCAUGAGGAGCCGACUGCCCAUCUGCAGUAG